AUGACUUUGGGGAUGUUGACCGAUCUCUUAGGCUUAACGUCAGUGGCGUCUCGUUUUUGCAUAAUGCUACUCAUUCGAAAAGGGAUAUCAAUAAGUACCUGGCUCGGCGCCAGUAUAUGGGCCUGCACAUGCAUGAUAAGACUCUACUCCAUUAAUUACAUUUGCGAGAGCGUCAGCGUUAAGGCUAACAAAAUUAGCGAGAUAAUACAUCAGCUGACAAUUAUUCUGAGAUACGCCGAUAUUCAUCAGGAGCUUUGUCAAUUCAUUUUGCAAACGAUGCAUCAUCCACUGAAGUUCACCGGUCUGAGACUCUUUUGCUUUGGCAGCAAGUUACUCUGGACGUUUUGCGCGGUGGUUGCAACUUUCACGAUGCUCGUAGUGCAAUGGUCUCCAGAGUUACAGGAGUAUAAUGAUCCGCGAUCGAAGAUAAACAGCAACAGCUCGAAAGAUCAAUUCUAA